UUUCCCAUGCGAAUCUCUUUCUUUCUUUCUUUCUUUCACCUACUGUUACCGUCGGUAAAAUUUGCAUAAAUCGAACAUUGUAUUGAGAGCGUCUCUUUUGCUACACUAAAGAUUAUAAAGAAAUGAAUGGGAAUGCCUCUGGCGACGACUAUGAGGAUAUUGACUGGAAUACUGAUGAUGAGCUUGAAAUCCAGGGCAUUGCCCCGUCAUCUUGUUCAAAUCUUGUAAUUCAAAAUGGCGAGGCUGUUGUUAGUAACGGUGCCGUUGUUGGUAACGGGGUUGUUGUUCGUGAAGCGGUUGUCAGUAAUGGGACUACUGUUGCUUGUAAUGGGGAGGCGAGCUCAUCAGUUGGUCCUUCAAACUCCAAGGUGGUUCAACAUUUCUUAGGGAUGGGAUUCACUGAACAAAUGAUUGCAAAAGCAAUAGAAGAAAAUUGUAUAUUAUGUGCAGGGGAGGCCAACCAAGAAUCGAUCCUUAAUUCUCUACUUUCAUACGCGGCUAUUGAAGAAUCUCGUGAUGAACUCAACUCUGCUUCUCAGCAACAGCAUUUUGUAGAUAGUAGUAAUGGCCAAUUGUCUUCGGACUAUGAUGAGAGCGUUCUUGAUGAUCUUUCUGAGUCUGAUAGUUGGAGUUGGUCUGGUAGUGAAGUAGAUGAAAUCACAAGUUCGUUACCUGAACAUGAGAAAAUACUACGAUCAUUAACAAAUAUGGGGUAUACUGUAGAAGUGGCUUUGGCAGCCAUCGAUAGAUGUGGUCCAGAAGCCUCAAUCCCAGAACUAACCGAUUUUAUCUGUGCUGCUCAAAUGGCAAAGACAGAAGAUGUAUUUUAUCAAGACGAGAAACCAAAAAUAUCACGUAUUGGCGCUCAUAAGAAGAGGAAGUAUUACGAGCUAGAGAUGAAAAAGAAGCGCAAGGGUUUGCUAACUGAAGAAGACGAAGUGAUUCGUCUUCCAAAGCCGAUGAUUGGGUUUGGAACCCCAAAUGAUGGUCCUGUAGUAACUCAUAGAACACUUCCCAAGGAAGCCAUUGGGCCACCAUUUUUCUACUAUGAAAACGUUGCUCUAGCUCCAAAAGGUGUAUGGGACACUAUUUCUCGUUUUCUUUAUGACAUUCAACCAGAAUUUGUUGACUCCAAAUAUUUUUGCGCUGCCGCAAGAAAAAGAGGAUAUAUACAUAAUCUUCCAAUCAAGAACAGAUUCCCACUUCUUCCUCUUCCUCCCCGCACUAUUAAUGACGCGUUACCUUUAACAAAAAAGUGGUGGCCACAAUGGGAUAAGCGGACAAAGCUUAACUGCUUGCAAACGGUUAUUGGUAGUGCCAAAUUGACAAAUAGGAUCCGGAAGGCUCUAGAAAAGUGUGGCGAUGAUCAUGAGCCACCUCUUCCUGUGCAGAAGUAUGUUAUGGAUCAAUGCAAAAAGUGGAAUUUAGUAUGGGUUGGGAAGAACAAGGUGGCGCCAUUAGAGGCAGAUGAAGUGGAAAUGCUGUUGGGAUUUCCAAAAAACCAUACAAGAGGAGGAGGUAUUAGUCGGACAGACAGAUACAAAUCCUUAGGGAAUUCAUUUCAGGUUGACACUGUGGCAUAUCAUCUUUCUGUACUCAAGGAAUUAUUUCCAAAUGGUCUUAACAUGUUGUCACUCUUCUCUGGCAUUGGUGGGGCUGAAGUUGCUCUUCAUAGACUGGGUAUUCCUCUAAAAAAUGUUGUGUCGGUCGAAAUCUCUAGUGCUAACCGCGACAUAGUUAGAAGUUGGUGGGAACAAACGAACCAAAAGGGAAACCUUAUUCAUUUGGACGAUGUUCAACAAUUGAACGGUGACCUGCUCGAACGAUACAUGGGUUCGUUUGGUGGGUUUGAUCUUGUCGUGGGUGGCAGUCCCUGCAACAAUCUCGCAGGUAGUAAUAGGGUAAGCAGGGAUGGACUCGAGGGUGAACAUUCUUCCCUCUUUUAUGAUUACUUUCGUAUCCUAGACUUGGUCAAAUGUAUUAUGAAAGGACAACAAUAGUUGGCCUGGUUGCUUGAUGUUUAGACUCUUCUAUGAUUACUUUCGUAUCUAGACUUAGUCAAAUGUAUUAUGAAAGGACAACAAUAGUUGGCCUGGUUGCUUGAUGUUUAGAUAUAUUCAACGUUGUUGUAGUUUAUGUCUGAA